AUGAGCGCUGCAGAGACCUCGGGUGAGGCGAUCGAGCAACCAUCGGGACUCGCCCCCGCGGUUUCCAUUUUGGCGGACCGCGCAACAGUGCUAUCGCAGCCGCAGCCGCCGACUGCGCAGAAGCAGCGACACGUCGUGACCAUGGCUGCAGAUGCACCGACUCUUGGUGCCUCGAACGUGACUGGCGGCGGCGGUGGCGGCAAGCCAAAGCCCGAGGCCAUCGAAAUGUCUGAAAUUUCUGAAGGCGGCAGAGCGUUCUCCGAUCCGCAUUCAGCCCAGCAUGUGACGCUCAGCAUGACCGGCGCCGACCACCAUACCGAGAGCGACGACGAGCGCACCAACUUUAACGACGUGGAAUCCUCGUUCCACUCCAGCAGCCUCAGCAAAACAUCCUCAGAAAUGUGUGGGCUGUGCAUGGGGCCGCGAUGCCGCCGCCUGCGACGUCGAUUCCGCCGUGCAAAGAAGAGAACAGCGCAGUGGAUCCACAGUCACACACCUGCUUGGGUGUUUGUUCUGAUGCACUACGUGGACAUGCUUGUGCUCGCCCCGUUUCCAACCGCCCCCACCAUUCCGAGCGAGGUUGUCCGGAUACGCGCCAUGACCCUCAUCCUGCUCGCCUACUUUCCGUAUCUCAUUUUCGUCUUGGCCACUCGCACGGAAGAUACGCUCGGAUUAUGGCUUGCUUGCGGCUACUUGGGCGUUGCGUUUCUCGGAUACUUGCUUGUCCGAACCGGACUGCAUGCUUUGGCAGGAGGCGCGGUGGCCGGUGCCAUCUACAUCAUGUCCUUGAUUUACUUGACCAUCAACGGAGGCGUGGUCGGAGUAUCGACUUACGCGGUCAUUGCAAUGCUGGUCGCUGCCGUGUCUUGUCCAGUGUGGUUUGUUGGCUCCAUAUUCUUGUUUACGAUGCUCUUUCUCAUCACGGCCGGCAUAUUCGACCCAAGAGUGAUCACCUUCAACGUGAUCAACGGCGUCUUGCUAAACUUCCUGUUUGGCACUUCCAUCUUGCUUGCAUCCUAUGUCAAUCAUUGGGACUUGAAGCAGUUGGAGCAGCAGCGGGCGACAUCGUCCAAGAACGAGAAAAAGUACCGCAACAUUUUUGACAACUCGCACGAAGCCAUCGUGAUGAUUGACAAGAACGACGAAAUCAUCGAAGCCAACCGCACCUUUUUUGAACUCUACAAAAUCCCUCGUGAUCACCGGUGCGGGAGCCAAGUGACGGUGCACUUCCGCUUAGCCGAGCUGUUCGCCAAAGAGUCACGGCGCGAACUGCGGCGUGUUCUUGCAUCGACUGCUGGCACAUCCCAAACACGUGUCUGCGAGCUCAACUCGGUGGCCCUGGACGGACAGGCCUAUCCCAUUCGCCUCGUGGCCAGUAGCUUGCGCACAGCCGAAGACGACAUGUCCAUCAGCGAGCGAACGAUCGUGUCAGCCAUUCCGGCUGGUGCACAGUCCGAACAAUCGCUAUCAGCGACGCAAGCCACCUCUGCCACGCAAGAAAGGCACGGAUUCCGGUUUUGGAGACGGUGGACCCGCGACCCGCCCCCUUCGGUCACUGCCCAGCCUGCUACACCUGGGCGAUCGUCGGUCCAACCCCUUCUUGUUGAAAGCAGUGCGCCUGUAGUCACGUCGUCUCAAACCGGCUCGGUUGUCAGGCCAGGGGAGCCAGUUGUGGUGCAUGCCAACCCCGAACCAGAACAUACCGAAGUGGAGUUUGACAUUCACGACUACACUGACGACGAGGACUGUGAUCCAGUCUCACCGUUGUACCAAUACCAACCCCGCGGCACCCCUGUUCCUCCAGGGUGGUAUCGCAAGCCAACACGCCUUGUCUCGAUCAUCAAUCUCACCGACCAGCGUCGAGUGAAUGCUGCAGAAAGCGAGGCAUUGAAGGAAAAGCAGGCCAACGAGGCCAAGAGCCGCUUUUUGGCGAACAUGAGCCACGAAGUUCGCACACCACUCAACUGCAUUCUCGGCAUGACCCAGAUCAUGAUGACCACCUCACUCAACAACGAGCAGAGCGACUAUUUGGACACAAUCAAGGUGUCGGCGCAAAUCCUGUUGACGGUCAUUAACGACAUUCUUGACUUUAGCAAGAUCGAGGCUGGCCAACUCAGCAUUGACGCCAUCCCGUUCAACUUUGUGCAAAUCACCGAGAACAUUGUCGAUCUCUUGUUCCCCAGCGCAGCCACCAAAAACCUACUGCUCUCGUGCUUCAUCGACCCUCAACUUCCUCGCGUUCUGGUCGGCGACCCAAACCGCUUCCAGCAAAUCUUGGUCAACCUCGUUUCGAACGGCAUCAAGUUUACCACCUCGGGCAGCGUCUCGUUGCGCUGCUUGCUCGACAGCGAAGUGGACGACGACCACUUGCUCGCGCGCUUUGAGGUUGUGGACACGGGCAUCGGCAUCGAGGCGGAUGCACUCGAUCGGCUGUUCCAGCGCUUCUCCCAAGUCGACAGCUCAAUCACUCGAAGCUACGGUGGUACGGGUCUUGGCUUGGUCAUUUGCAAGUCCCUGGUCACCUUGAUGGGCGGAACCAUCGGCGUGGACAGCACGCGCGGUGAGGGAAGCCGGUUUUGGUUUACCAUCAAGUUCCGAAAGCCCACCGAGACCGACACGGAUGCCAUUGCGACCAGCAGGGUGCGAGUCAAACCACCGCCCCAGUUUGCAAGCCAAGCGGUCGCUCCACAGGAACGGCAUUCAACAGAAAGAUCGGCUGUGCAGACAUCGGUCGAUUGGGCCGCAACUGCCGAGCCGUACAAGCCUGCAACCGAACAAACCAUCCCGUCAACUCUGGAACUUCAAAGCCACACAACAGCCUCCUGCAUGAGCCAUCUUCAAGCCGUCAUCGUCAGUCCUCGACCCAGCUUCACGGCUGCGUUGAAAGGCUUCCUCGAUGGCUGGAAUGUGACCUCGCAAGCGGCUCGAUCGUGGGCGGCGGCGCAGCAAGUGGUGCAGUCGAUUGCUCGCGAAACUGCUCCUGGCACACGCUCACACAUUGUCGCGUUGAUUGACCAUCCCUACGUGCUCGUCGAGCCGAAUGAACCCAUUUCGAGUCCGGAAAGGGAAGUGGUGACCAACAUUGACUGGCAAGCUCUGCUGAUGCAAGGUGCACAGCCCAUCUUCUUCUUCCCGGAUAGGCGCGUCGAGACUCACGCGGUGGUGUUGACGCGAUGGCCCGCUUCUCACGUCAUGAUUGGCCCGAUUCGUCAAUCCUCCCUGUUUGCCGUCUUGAAGCAGCUUCGCUGCUCCACAUGCGGCAAGGAUGUGGUCAAUCUGAUGCACCCAGACCCUCUGCCCGGCCAGGCUUCGCUGCCUUCUCGCAAUUCUGCUUAUUCCAACGCUCUGACAGUCAUGGCGCUUCCGACAGGCCAACGUUUGCCCUCGGAUAUGCACGAACACUUGGCUCCGGUUACUCUUGACAACAUUGUCACCCCAAGCCGCGGAGUUGUUGCUCCCGAAUUUCCCGCACCCAGUUCGAAAGUUCCUUCAAGAUCCAAAGUGUCCUUGGAGCGGAAGGUUGAAGGGACUUUGGCAUCAAGCACUGGCAAAACACCUGAACCGCGCUCAGAGGCUUCUGAUGUAGUUAGCCCUCUGACAGCUGCUUCUUCCAGCUCUCAGCGAAGUCGCCCUCGCUCGGUUUCGGAUCAAUCCCUACUUGGCACGCCCCCGGCAGGCAGAGCUGUCUCCCUGCUGGAACGAUCUGCCAAGCUGUUGGUCGUGGAAGACAAUCUCAUCAACCAAAAGGUCGUGUGCACCAUGCUGCGCAAGGCGGGCUAUCGAUUCGAUGUUGCAGUCAACGGACAGGAAGCGGUGGAUUUGAUCACCGCUGCCACAAGCUCGAUGGCAAACGCAGACGAGCCUCUCUCGAGUCCAGAGAGGUCAGUCCGCUGGUGCCCGUACGAUCUCAUUCUGAUGGACUGUCAAAUGCCAGUGCUCGAUGGCUACGGUGCAACCAUAGAGAUUCGCAAGCUCGAGGCCAAAUAUGCAGCAAGAGGUGCACGCACACUUCCUAUUGUUGCCAUGACCGCGGAAGCACUGCCGCAGGAUCGGGCACGGUGCUUUGAGUGCGGCAUGACUGGAUACCUAAGCAAACCCAUCAACUAUGCUCAGCUGCUCAACCAGCUCUUGUCGAGCAUUUCGCUCGAUUCCACCCCGAGUACGGCCAGCUCAAGUGAUUCCGGAUAUCCCAUCAUUCCCGUCGUCCAAAUUGCUGAGGUUGUCAAGUCGCUGGGCCCAGAGGAACUCGCGUCGAAAGCGAGCAUUCCCGUCGUCCCAAUUGCUGAGGUCGUCAAAUCGCUAGGUUCGGAGGAGUUUGCGCCGAAAGCGAGCACGGUCGUCGACAUGACCAUCAGAGACGCCUCCAAGGCGCAACUGGCCAACAAUGACGCGUCCCAGCUGCAUCAUCGGGAGAGCUUGGUGUGA